CAAAUCCCAACACUGAUCUUCGGUGCUGUCUCUCUUCUUCUCCUUCAUUCUCCUUCGCUUGAGCAAGUAUCGACGACCAAGGGUGAGUCCAUGUUUCUGCUUCGAAGGGAGAACGAAAAGCCCAAGGUUCUCUUCAAUGCCUUUUCAAGUUUUGAAUCUCAUUAGUUCGUCGGAUUUUGAUUUCAAGUACUUCGUUCUGCUUAAUAAGCAUCUAUGGCUUUCGGUUUUUGUUCUAUUAAUAGAUCGAGGAGUAUCGCUUUGUUCGUCAGUGGUUUUAGUGUGCCAGGGUUUUCGUUUGCUGUUUUAUGAAGUACCAAUGGAAUCUGUUAUAAUUUGGGUCAGAAUCAACGAUGUCGUAAUCAUGGAUUUCGUUUGAUGUUCACGAAGAUGUCCAGUGUUAAUUUGAUCAUAUUAAUUUUUGAAUCUCUGAACAAGUUUUGGUUUUGGUGAUUUGAAGAAUGGGGUUUUGAACUGUUGUUAUUUUUUAUAAAUUUUCUGCAUUUAU